CGGGGGCCUUCCCCCCGGGGCCGGCUGCCAAGAUGGUGAUGUCCCAGGGCACCUACACCUUCCUCACCUGCUUCGCGGGCUUCUGGCUCAUCUGGGGCCUCAUCGUGCUGCUGUGCUGCUUCUGGGUCCGGGGGGGGCUUUGCCUUGCAGAGUCGGACCUGUCAAAGCCGCCGUGCUAUGAGGAGGCGCUGCUGAUGGCGGAGCCCCCCCCGCCGUACAGCGAGGUGCUGAUGGACACGAGGGGGCUCUACCGCAAAAUCAACGCCCCUUUCCUGAGCCAUGAGCGGCUGGAGAAGCAGGAGCAGCCUCCCAGCUACAAACCCCUUUUCCUGGACGCCGGCUACGGUUCAGCGCUGCACCUGCCCCGCUCAGCCAGCCCCGGCCCUGCCUGCCCGGACCUCUACCUGCAGCAGGAGUGCUCCCCACGCAUGUUUCCCAGCUGGACGGACUCGGAGCUCAGCAGCAGGGACACCUACGAAACGGGACCCUGGCACCUCCCGGUCUCCAUGCCUCUCUUCGGCAGGACUACCGCUGUCUAACAGCGGCCACGGGGGACGCCCGGACCUUGCCAUGCACCUGGGGAGGGGUGGGGGGGCUUCGGUUGCUCGUGUCACCCCAGGGACACCCGCCCCGGCGCGGGCCAUCGCCGCCG